UGAAUCCUGAUCGACGGAGGAAUGCUGGGAUCGAUUCCCACGGGGGGCCGAGAAAUUAGAAUUUUCAGUCGGUGAUUGAAGGGAGGCAAUCUUGGUGCAAUUUGAUGAUGGCAACGAUGCACACUCUGGGGAUUGUUGUCCCGUCGAAUGGUUGUUGUACGAGAAGAAAUUACAAUUCGCGCUCGGAGGCUGAAUUCUGCGGUGGGAAAAUCGUCCCGCGGCGAGCACGCGGUUUCGUCGCCGGCGUGGAAGCUGUAGAUUUAGCUGAGCUUUUUAAUUUGCGGAGGAACGCGCCAGAGAGGGUCCGAGAGGUUCAGGCGGUAGGAAAAAGCUCGAGAAUUUGGGCUUCGGUCUCGGAGGUUGAUGAGGCACCGAAGAAAAUCAAAAAGGUGGAACAAAAGCAGCUGAUUUUGAAACCUCCAUUGAGUGACAGCAAUUUGGCCGAAAGGUUUUUAUCAAGUCCUCAAUUACAAGUGAAGAAGUUCCCACUCUUAAGCUCCUGUUUGCCCGUCGUGAACUUAAACAGGCUUGAUCAAGAAUGGAUAGACGAGUACCUCAUAGAAGUCAAAGACGCACUAGGUUAUUCCAUCGAAAUUCUCGAGGCUCCAGAAGACAGCCCGGCAAGCCACUUGGAUUCCCUUUUGUUUCUCGCCUUCCAGCAUAAGUUCUCGAAGCGAGGGAGAACAAAACUUGUGGGAAUUGGGCAUUCUCGAUUAGCAUUUUUAGGACAGUACGUCUUGGAGCUCGCGUUCUCGGAAUUGCUGCUACAAAUGUAUCCGACGGAACGUGUGGGAAGUUUGCGAGAGAGAGUCUUCAACGUGACGAACAAGAGGGUGCUGCCAAAAUGGUUAUACAAGGCCUCUUUGAAUGCUAUUGUGUUCCCAGCGGAAGAAACCGAACAGAUACCAAAGGAUGAUCGACAAGUUGCUGUAAGGAGUGUAUUCUGGGCACUAAUUGCUGCAAACUAUCUAACCUUAGGAAUGCCAGAAGUGUAUCGUAUACUUUUUGAGGUUUUCGGAAUAGAUCUUGAAGCUCCGGAGGCCCUGCCUAAACCUCGGACCAGCCUCCCUGAUGAAGAUUAUCUAUCACCAGAUCUCGAGAGAAAGCUGACUUGGCAGGAGAUAGCUGCAUAUCAGGCUCCUGAGGACUCUCUUUUCUCAUCUCCAAGGCUUUUUAGAGCCUGUGUUCCUCCUGGAAUGCAUCGCUUCCGAGGAAAUGAGUGGGAGAUUCUGAGUUUGCCGAAAGUUAUGGAAGCUUUGGAGUAUCCGCGUCCCGUGCAAGACUCGCAGCCUGAAAUUACUGAAGCCAGGAAUAUAGAACUCGGGCUUGGACUUCAGCUAUGCUUUCUUCAUCCUUGUAAAUUCAAGGGCGAUCAUCCCCGGUUUUGCUAUGAUCGGUUGGAGUACAUUGGUCAAAAGAUCCAGGACGUGAUUCUGGCCGAGCAACUUCUAAUGAAACAUCUUGACGGGCCCGCUAUAUGGCUGGAGAGGAAGCAUCGGUUGCAACUCAUGAAUCGAUUAUGCGGGCGAACUCUAAGAGAAAAAAAACUCACAUGGCACAUUGCAUAUGAUGAGGAACGUAAGGAGUUAUUUGAGAAAAAUCGACGUCUUCGCAACUUUGCUACGACAAGUGUACAGCAUGCAAUACACGGGCUCGGGUAUCUCGUCUAUGGCCGUUCUGAUGUCCGGCGUCUGAUGUCUAAAAUUUUCCCCGUAGAACAUUUGAUUCCUCGCAAUUUUCUGUAAAAGCAAGUUGGUUUCAACAUACUGGGUAUAAAGAUAAUUUCACCCACGGUUCCACUU